GAUCAGACCGCACUUUUGGUCUCUUUUUAACAGAUGAAACCCAUAAAAACACUCAAAAGGAUACAUAAAAGAGUUGAACUAAUUGACGCAGUCAUCUCGAUUUCUUCAGACUUCUCCUCUUUUCUUCUUUCUCUCUCCAGAUUUCUCUUUGUUUUUAACUUUCCAGAUUAUUUGAUCAGUGAAGUUUCCUUUCUUUUAGGGUUUCCAUAUAGGUAAGAAAGGUGAGAAACUCUAGUCAGUAGCACGAAUUGAAUGGCAUCUGUCUGAACUCUGAACAAGACACAGAAUUUCUGAUUACUACAAUGGAUCAGCAAGCUCAUGGACAGCCCCCCGUCAUGGGAGUAGUUGGUAGUGGAGCUCAAAUGUCAUAUGGUGCAAAUCAAUAUCAACCUAACCAAAUGCUUGGGGCCUCUGGAUCAAUUGUUCCAAAUGUACAGUCUCCCACUCAGCCAGCAGGUUUCACGGCCUCCCCUGCUCAGCUUGCACAACACCAACUUGCAUAUCAGCAUAUCCACCACCAGCAGCAACAGCAAUUACAGCAACAACUCCAGUCUUUUUGGACUGGUCAGUACCAAGAAAUUGAACAGACAACUGACUUCAAGAACCAUAGCCUACCACUGGCAAGGAUCAAGAAGAUCAUGAAGGCUGAUGAGGAUGUACGAAUGAUAUCUGCAGAGGCACCUGUCAUAUUUGCCAGGGCCUGUGAGAUGUUCAUCUUGGAGUUGACACUGCGUUCAUGGAAUCAUACGGAGGAGAACAAGCGGCGGACACUCCAGAAGAAUGACAUUGCAGCAGCGAUCACAAGGACUGACAUCUUCGACUUUCUGGUUGAUAUUGUGCCAAGAGAGGAUCUGAAAGAUGAGGUACUUGCGUCAAUGCCCCGAGGGGGGACACUGCCUGUUGGAUGUCCAACAGACCCUCUUCCAUAUUACUAUAUGGCACCUCAACAUUCACCCCAGAUUGGAACUCCAGGGAUGAUCAUGGGUAAACCUAUGGUGGAUCAGGCAAUGUAUUCUCAACAGCCUCGUCCUCACAUGUCUCAGCAGAUGUGGCCUCAACCACCACAGCAGCAACAACCACCCUUGGAUUCUUGAGUGGGAGGACGGUAAAACACCUUUCAAGUGGAUUUCUAUAAUCUGUUAGUGAUUAGUUUUGGAGAAUAGUGCGAGUAACCAACUAUAUUUUCAUUUGCUUUGGCUUGGGGGGGUACAUAUGCGACUCGGAUGGCUAAUACAAGCUCAUAUGAAAGAGUUUGGCAUUUGGCUUUUUGUCCAAUGGCUUUACCUUGUGCUAUGUUUAGAUAAUUAAUUCCCUUCUGUAUUUCGGUA